AUGCUCCGCCGCCUCCCCACCCCAAUCAGCAUAACCCCCGACGACAUCUCAACCCUCGAAGACCAACUCACCCGCCGCCUUGCCUACAUACACUACAAAAAGACCGGCGAAGAUCCCCAGGGGUUCUUUACCACCAAUAACAACAACGACACCGCUAGUGCUGGUGGUGGUAAGCGCAAGGAGAACAUUGUGGGAGAAGCGGAAGAACUACAGAAACCUAUUGAUCCGAAUGAUGAGCUGAAGCCGUUGCCGGGGGAUAAGGGAAGGAUGGGGAUGAGUGGAAGGGAGAGGAUUAUGGGGACUGUGCCAGGGGGCAGGGGACGGUGA